UCUUUUUUGCCGCCAUCCUGCUCUGCGUGGCUGACUGCUUCUCGCCAUGUCUUCUCACAAGACUUUCAGAAUCAAGCGAUUCCUGGCCAAGAAACAAAAGCAGAAUCGUCCCAUUCCCCAGCGGAUUCGGAAGAAAACUGGUAAUAAGGCCAGGUACAACUCCAAGAGGAGGCACUGGAGAAGAACAAAGCUGGGUCUAUAAGCCAUCACACAUCAUGAGA